AUGGAGGCAACGAAAAACAGGACGAUGCAGUCAAAGAUCAGUUCCUUCUUUAAACCCACUUCUUGUUCUGCACAGAAAAGCCCACACCCACCUCCGGAUUUCGACAAUUUAUUUGACGACGAGGCUCAGUUUAAUUCCAAAGAACCAGAAAUCCUUGUCACGUACAAGCGCAGAGCUCCAAAACCAGAUGGCAGAACAAAUGAUGGGUCAAUUGUGGAAAAGUUGAGCCAAAGAGAUUUGGGGGUUUUGGUACCCAAACAGGAUUUUGCUAAAUCUGGGAAAGUUCUGAACAAGAAGAGAAGCUAUGCCCAGUUCCAUUUAGAGUUGGGUCAGUCUGAUUUUUUAUUGCAUACAUGUGCUACAUGUGGGUUCAAUUAUGCUACUGGUGAUGAAGGGGAUGAGGAGGUGCACAAGACAUUUCACAAGAAUUAUACACAUGGCAUUCGAUUCAAGGGUUGGUGCAAGGAAAGAGUUAUUCAUCUGUCCUCACUUGAAAGGAGCCGCAUCAUUUUGGUGUUGGAUGGUGACCCUCCUGCUCAGAGAAACAAGGUUCAGGAGGUUCUCAAAAUUAUGGAGAUGGAGCUUGGAGAUGGAUGGAUAUUUCAUGAGCACUGUAAGGUGUAUCUAUUUAUUUUAUCCAAUAGGAUUGCCGGCUGUUUAGUUGCAGAACCAAUAAAUAAGGCCUACAGGGUUCUCUUAAGCUCUGUUGAUGGGAGAGCGGAUGGUACUUGUGCACAGGAAAAAAGAGUGAAUUCAACUUCCCUCCAAUUUGGAUGUGUUAGGUUCCAGAGAGAAGCGGUAGGAAGGGCCCGAUCAGCUAAAAUUCCUGAGAUAUUGGAUGGGAACCACAAUGGCGCAAUCUUCUGUGAAAAAGAAGCUGUACCUGCUCUCUGUGGCAUUAGAGCCAUUUGGGUGUCUCCCGCCAACAGAAGAAAACAUAUUGCCAAUCAUUUACUGGAUGCUGCAAGGAAAAGUUUUUGCAUGGGUUUGAUUCUUGAACGAUCACAGUUGGCGUUUUCUCAGCCAACUUCGGUUGGAAAGGCAUUGGCAUCCAGUUAUACCGGCUCUGGUACUUUCUUGGUCUACACUACCUGCUAAUUUAAAUUAGAGGUAGUUUCGUAUAAUAAAGUUGACUAUUUUUUAUCACUCAUUGUGAUGAAUACUCAGCUUGUUUACAUUGCUACGAUUAUGCUAGUGUGUUGUAAAAGUUCUAUCCCUUGCUUUAUUGGUUGGACUUUGAUAUAAAUUGUGGAU